AUGUCUCCGGCGCGCCGGUGCGGGGCGCUGAGGGCCGCGGUGGCUGCCGGCGCGGGGCUGAGCGAGGGGCCGGCGGGCUCCGCGCGGAGGGGCCGCCUCCUGCGCGCGCCGAGCCGGCUGCUGCGGCUCCCGGGGGGCGGGGCCGUGCGGGCCGCAAGCCCGGAGCGCGCCGGCUGGACCGAGGCGCUGCGGGCCGCCGUGGCCGAGCUGCGCGCCGGCGCCGUGGUGGCCGUGCCCACCGACACGCUGUACGGCCUGGCCUGCGCGGCGAGCUGCUCGGCGGCGCUGGACGCCGUGUACCGCCUCAAGGGCCGCAGCCACGCCAAGCCGCUGGCCGUCUGCCUGGGCCGCGUGGCCGACGUCUACAGGUACUGCCGCGUGAGCGUCCCCGACGGACUCCUGAGAGACCUGCUGCCGGGCCCCGUGACCCUGGUGUUGGAGCGCUCGCAGGAGCUCAAUCGGGACCUGAACCCCUGCACUCCUCUUGUCGGCGUCCGCAUCCCGGACCACGCCUUCAUCCAGGAUCUGGCCCAGGUGUUCGGGGAACCACUCGCUCUCACCAGCGCCAACCUUAGCUCCCAGGCCAGUUCUCUGACCGUCGAGAUUUUAUUUAUUCAUGAGAGACACAGAGAGAGAGGCAGAGACACAGGCAGAGUGAGAAGCAGGCUCCAUGCAGGGAGCCCCAUGCAGGACUCGAUCCCGGGACUCCAGGAUCACGCCCUGGGCCGAAGGCAGCGCUAAACCGCUGAACCACCCAGGCUGCCCCCUACUGUCUUUUUAAUAAUUAAAAAAAAAAACAACAUCAUGGUAAGUGUAAUUUUUUCCACCACCGCCCCCCCCCCCCCUUUUUGUGGUGAUAGCUGUUUGAAAAAAUAGUUAGGCAAGAAGUCUUGACAACAGUGCUGUAAAGAAAGUUCUGGCUCUGAAACGUUAAAUCGCUUGACCCAGGGACUCCCGACCCCGUUCUCUUCCCUGGCUACCAGUCUAGUCAGAGAAAGGAUCAUCCUAAUUCAGUCUUGAACGCAUAGCUUGGGGGGGGGGGGGGAAACGAGAACACAAAGAAAUGUCACCCACCACACAUUUUUCUUCUUCCAGAACUUGAAUGUAAAAUAUAGCACAGUGAUGGGGCUUUCCAUGCCCGGACCUAGAGAGCAGCUUCAGGGGCCUUAGAAAGUGAGAGCCCAGCAUCCUAUCCUGUCCUGGGCCCACAGGCUUUACCUGGGCCCCAUGGUUAUGCCCCAGGCAGUGGGGUGGGGGUGGGGGUGUUCUUGGCUUGUCAGCAAACAGUUGACACCUGUCCAACGCAGGAACUGGUGGUUAUGAUCUUUCAUCCCAAAUGCCCAAGCCCAGCCACCGCUGCAGGGUUUCCAUGAGUGGCGGUGCUGGGGAGAGUGGGCGAUGCUCUCACACAGUUAACAAUUCAGUCCACGGUUUUGGGGGAGGGUAUCCUUCCUGUAGCCCAAAGAUUGAGUGCUGGUGCCAUGCACGUGGAAGAGUCCGUCCUCCGUGUCUUCCUCUCACUACCCUUAUCCAGGGUUCUUGUGAGAUCUAGGAUCACAGUGUCCUGGAUGAAGUAACUUGCAUGCAGUGACACAGAAAUUUGGGUGAAAGUUCAGGGUAGAGCCUACAUCUUUGGACACCCGCCCAGGACUCCGGUCACUGUACUUCUACGUCUCCGACAGGAGCCCCGUGUGGAGUUUCCUCCUGGCACAACAGAAUUUUUGUUAAACUCUAGAGAGGUGUUACUUGAGGUAGUAACCUGGGAGGGCUCCAAACCUCAUAGGAUGCCGUGUCCUCGGUGCUCAGGCUGUGUCCUUGGCACAGCUGACCUUAACUGAAUGAGGUUCCUUCCCCUGCUUAGAGGGAGAUACCUCCUGAUUUAGAAGGGUGCGGCUUCCGUCUUCCUACGAACACCAGGGGUAGUGUCCAUGUUCUUCCUCUUCCUCU